AUGUAUCAGUCCGAAAAAGAAGACGAAGAGCGCUCUCAGCUCCCCUCACCCUCGACACCGACCGAACAGACACCCUCAGCCGCUACAACUCUGCCACCACCAGACGGCGGCCUCGAAGCAUGGAUCCAAGUGCUCUGCAUGCACUUCACCUUCUUCAACAGCUGGGGCGUGAACAACAGCUUCUCCAUCUUCCAGCAACUAUACACCUCUACACUUCCCGAGUCCGCAUCCAACAUAUCCUGGAUCGGCAGCGUACAGACCUCGCUCUUGUUCUUCACAGGCGUGUUCGCUGGCCGUGCUACAGACGCCGGAUAUUUCCGUGUCGUCUACGCAUCGGGCGUGUUUCUGCAACUUCUCGGCUUCUUCAUGCUCUCGUUGUGUCGAACCUACUGGCAGAUCUUCCUCGCGCAGGCCGUCUGCAUGGGCCUCGGGAAUGGACUCACAUUUAGUCCCGGGUUGUCUGUUAUGUCGUCGUACUUUAUGCGUCAUCGCGCCGUUGCAGUGGGAUUGGCAGCUGCCGGGGCUGCAACGGGGGGUUUGGUUUAUCCUGUGCUGAUAGAUCAGUUGCUGUAUGUCCGGGAUAUAGGAUUCGGGUGGACGGUACGAGCCGCUGGACUAGUGAUGCUGGUGACGCAGAUUCCGGGUCUAGUUCUCUAUCGGCCUCGAUAUACAGCGCAGAAACAGCAACCGCAACAGUUAGGGCAGGGACAGGAGCAAGAGCAGGCCAAGCCUCUAAUCAUCGACUGGGCGGCAUUCAAGGAGAAACCAUUUCUGUUCUUCACCAUCUCCAUGUUCUUGAAUUUUUGGGGCCUGUACUUCACCUUCUUUUACCUGGGAACCUAUGCGCGCGAUCGCCUCGGCAUGUCCAGCACGCUGGAUCUCAUCCUUGUGCUCAACGGCGUGGGUGUCAUCGGGCGUAUUGUGCCCAGUCUAAUCGGCGAUCGUAUUACGGGGCGUCUGAACAUUCUCAUUCCGAUCAGUAUUGCGUCCGCCAUUCUUAUCUUCGCUUGGAUGGCCGUCUCCUCCGUCGCAGGGUUGUAUGUGUUCACGGUCUUUUACGGACUCGUUGGAGGUGCUGCGCAAUCGUUGUUCCCGGCCACCGCGACGACUAUGACUCCAGAUGUGCGUCGCACGGGGACGCGGUUGGGUAUGAUUCUCAGUGUUGUCGGCUUUGCUACAUUGACUGGGCCCGCGAUUGAGGGGGCUUUGAUCCAACAGGAAGGGGGUAGUUAUAUCGGUGCGCAGGGCUUUGCGGCCAGCGCGAUCAUGCUGGGUGCGCUGUUUGCUUUCGCUUGUAGGGUAGCGAAGACCGGGCUUCACUUCCGCGUCAAGGUCUAA